CCGGCCGAAGGCUCUAAAUUCUCACAGAACGGGUUUCUCAAGCAAAUUAAGAAACUGGGAGAAAACGGCGAAAACAGUAGCCCUCGGCACUGUGAGCCCUCGGCACCAGGGUGCCGUCGGGUGGAAGAGCCCUCGGCUACUGCUCUAUAGCCGAAGGCAUCUCACUCGACAAGAUAUCCGCCUCACAUGCGUACAGAUCAUCGUACCCCGCACAGACGUCCCAUCCAACAGCCGCAUUAAAUGCGGCCACAUGCGGCUGCCAGCGCCAACCAGUUGAGGUGACCCCUCGGCCAAUGAGCGCUUGACACGUGUCCCUGCCCGACAUUUAUUGCUACUAUAAAUAGCACCCCAUUUCCUCAUUUGUAACCACGCUGAAAACGGCAUUCACACUGAAUACACUCUCUCUCUACUUUUACUUACUUGCUCUGACUUCUCUCUAAAUUACUCCCCGUAAUAACCCUUCGGAUAUAUACCCCCGGGUAGACUAUCCAUCAUUAUGAAUCUCCCAUACUUCUUGUCUGGAUUUCUUUGCCAAAUCUGCCUCUUGUCUUCUUUAAUGAAUCGAUUUUAUUUUCAAUAGCUUCUGUGAUUGGAAAACCAUUAAAAUUGGAUGAGCAGAGUUCGUCUAAGUCCAGGCCAAGUUUGGCUAGAAUUUGUGUUGAGGUUGAUAUUUUGAAGCCUCGAUUAGAACAUAUUAAAAUUGGUAAUGAAAAGUUUUUGGUUAAGCAGAAGAUCGUAUAUGAAGAGGAAGGGAAACAUGGGACAAGUUAUUGUGGUUUUUGCCAUCAUUUAGGGCAUAAGGUGGAAGAAUGCUACUGGAAAAAGGAAAACAAACUUUCAGUUCCUUAAAAAUUCAAAGGUGUAGGUGUCAAAGCUUUGCUCUCAGAAGGAUAUUCAUCGAAAGGACACUAUAAUGAGUUACCACCAGUAACUUAUGCCCAUUAGAAUUCGAUUUGCCAGAAAAUUCUGCAACAAUUUGAGCUGCAUGAGAAAAAUAUGCAAGUAAAUUCUGCCCUUGAGAAUCUGCUUGGCCAUCAAAAUAGUAAUCCCGAACAUUUCGAGCCGCAAGAGAGAAAUCCAGUGCAAUUAGAUCAAACCAACGCCUUUAGAGAAGAAUCAUUUGCUGUUUGUGAGGUGGUGAAAGAUAAUAGCAACCAGAUCUUGAAGGAAUUUGGGGAAGCAAAAGAGAUUGAAGACAUCUUAGAUUCAUCUAACUCAAAACCAGAUUAUCAAGUUUUCCUUACAGAUCUCAAAUCGAAAUUUCAACAAUUCCAAAUGGAACUCAACCAGAAAAUGAAGUUGAAGGCCAUAGAAAAGGAAAAACUUUCUGGUAAAACAAGCACAAAAACUGUGAUUAGGGAUCCACCGGAGGAAGAAGGCUUUACCAUGGUUGUCUCUAAAAAUCCAAAAGACGUAAUGAGGGGGUUACCAGGAUUAUUGGGACACGACAGCAAACACAGUUAACCAACUCAAAUGCUUCUUCGUUCUCUGUUUUGAAAACUUCUAUUAUGUCAUUAGCUUCUUUCAAUUUCUUCUCUCACUAGUGUUUGGAACUCGUGUUUUCAUAUCAAUAAAACUUUUUCAUUCUUGCCAAAAAAAGUAUUAUAAAGUGUUACAAUAGGUCAAAUGCAACAUGAG